AUGGACCUAAAAAGAAGGAAGAUAGGGAUAGGAGUUAUAAUCAGAGAUGAAGAGGGGGAACCUUUGGUUGCAGCUGAAGGCCAACAGAGUAAUGUCGAUCACCCAGAAGUUGCUGAAAGCUAUGCUUUGUGGAAGGCAAAGGAAAUAUGCAGGGAUUUGAAGAUGGAAAGAGUGAUCUUUGAAGGAGAUGCUCAACUGAUAGUCAAGGCAGUGAAUAGCCAGGAAAAAGAUAGAUUGCACUCAUACACGUUUCAAUUGAUCCAAUCUUUUAGCAAUUUUACAGACCAAUCUGCCCUCAUUGCCUUUAAAUCUCGAAUCAAUUCUGGUCCAAAUGAAACCCUCUUGGCAACUAACUGGUCCAGUAACGCACCAAACUCGAUCUGCAAUUGGAUUGGGGUCUCCUGCAGUCGACGUAGGCAAAGAGUCACCGCUUUGGACCUUUCCUACAUGGGUCUCCAUGGCACCAUUUCUCCUCAUAUUGGUAACCUCUCCUUUCUAGUCUCACUUGAUCUUUCUAACAACAGUUUCUAUGGUUUUAUUCCGCAUGAGAUCAGUCGUCUACAUCGCUUGAGAAUGCUCUACUUGCCUUCCAACCAAUUGGAAGGAAGCAUCCCUCCUACUAUUCAAAAUUGUCAAAAGCUUCGCGAAGUAAGUUUUGAUUCGAACCAUCUUAUUGGUGCAAUUCCAUCGUCACUUGGCAAUUUGUCAACAUUGGAGUUCUUGAAUUUGCAGCGUAAUAGUCUCAGUGGUCCACUUCUUCCAAUCAUCUUUAACAUAUCAUCUCUAAACGAUUUUGCUGUUUCGUUUAAUCACAUCUUGGGAGCUCUUCCGAAUAAUCUUUGUAGUCACUGUCCUAAUCUUAGGACACUUUAUUUCACAGAUAACAAAUUUGGCGGUCAGCUCCAUUCACAAUUUAAUAAUUGUGGGGAGCUUGUAAUUUUAUCUUUGGCAUAUAAUACAUUUGAGGGGAGUAUUUCGAAAGCUCUAAUUGGCAGUUUACAAAAACUUGAAGGCCUAUAUCUUGGAGGUAACAGUUUCACUGGUAUCAUACCUUCUACCAUAUGUAAUCUGUCAAGGUUGCAAGUAUUCGGAAUUGAGGAUAACCACAUCCAAGGAAGCAUUCCGACUGAUUUGUGGCAACUUCAGAAGUUAACUGUUUUGUAUUUGGGAAUGAAUAACUUCAAAGGGGCAAUACCUCAAAAAGUCUUCAACCUUUCUUCUUUACAACUUAUCUCCUUCGAGCAAAAUUCCCUAUCUGGAUAUCUUCCAUCACUAGAUUCGGGGCAAUCUUGCCCUAAUCUUGAAAUAAUCGCACUUGGCAAUAACAAACUUAGUGGUCAUAUCCCAUCCUAUCUGUCGAAUUGUUCCAAGCUCAUCACAGUAGACUUUGACGAAAACUUAUUCUCCGGACCAAUUCCCAAAAGUCUUGGAAACUUGAACUACCUCUAA